CAAGAUUUAAAACAAAAGAAAAAAUACCCAUAACAGAACAAGGAUAGACAAGGUAAUCCAUCAGAACCCUUUUCUUCUUGACCACCGAGUGAUUGGUUCCUUUCUCCCCCCUGAACUGGCAGCUCUUCCUCUUCCUAUCCAGAUCAUCUGCGGUGGAUUUCUUGACUCUUGCCUACUCUGUCGUCUGGUCCGACGCACCAUUCCACGUCUGAUGGAUGUUGCGCAUUUCGGGCCCAAGUACACCGGACGCAUCGUCUUUUCCCUUUUUUUUUAGAAGAAAAAAAAAAGCCUUGGGUGUUUCACCCCACACCCACUUUUCCAUACCCUUACGCACGCUUGAGUUCCUGCAUCCUAGACAGCAGUCAUUCUCUCAUACACUUGUGUGCAUAUGCCCACACACACUCUUUUCCAUCUCUCUCUCUCUCUCUCUCUCUCUCUCUUCCUUGGGAGUUGCUGUGUACAGAUCUCCUAUCCCUGCUUCUUCUAGACCGUUCCAUAUAUCUAUACCUCGAGAUACCUACACCCCCUCCCUCCCUUCCAUAACUACUACCUCCAUCUCCACAGAACCACUGGGCGGAGUGUUGCGAACUACCGCAAGAUCCGCGGGGCAACUUUGGGAUUUCCCCCCUCCUCCUGUGCCAUUUGGACAUCGAUCGAUCUCGUGUGAAACGUGCAAAUUUCAGUCCCUCGCGUGGCUGAUCGCGUGUCUUGGGCGGAGCACUCCGACCAAGCCUCCCGGCAGUUCAAGUCGCCUUGUCUUUCCUGGUCUGGGCAUACCGUUUGCUCGUGCAGGAUCGACCUUGACCUUGACCUGGACCUUCGCUGGCCAUUGACCCUUUUCCUUCCCCCCCUUCACCCCCCUCCUAAUCAUACAAUCUUUUCCACCCUCUUUUUAGAUCUUGGCCUCGUCGCAGUCUCAACUCCGGCACGCACAC